UGGGUGUUACUUGAGCGCACGGAGCAGCAUUUUUGAUGGAGCUUUUAAUUCGGGGUGAAAUUUCUGGAAACUCAUCCUCUACCGUCUUAAUCACUCCAAAGUUCGAGGGUCUCUGAAGCGUUGAGAAAAAGCACAAAAUCAACAGGCAUUUGUUAUCCUUCACAUGAUGAAAUGGCAAAGAGGAGUUUAUACAGCAACAGAGAACGGUACAACAUGGAACCGGAUGGAUGGCACGCUAUGGAAACAUUCGACACAUGGUGGAGUUAAAAUGUGAGCAGCUGACUUGCAUGGUCGAUUCAGGAAGGCAUUGGCCUGUGAAGGAAAAAUGACUAUAAAAAUGCACAAGGCGAAGUUGAUGAGAGUGGGCCUGGGCAAAACAGGGAGUGCAUUCCAGGCUCCAGGAAAGGCAUGCUGACGAGUGAAAGCGCAUGACCUGUUUGACAAAGAAUGAUCGAGAAUUGGCAAAGCAUCAUGGGUUGGAGCAUCUCUGGGGGAGCUUCUGUGCUCUCUAGCCAAGCAUGCUGUGGUUGGAUCUGCCCAGCCCUGGAAUAGAAACCUUUGCCGGAUGGAAAAUCCAUAAAAGAAAGCCCCUGUGAAAAGCAGAUUCUGACGCUGACCUAAGUGCACCCAGCUAGCCAUCUCACUGUUUCCAGAGUCCUUGGGAGUUCCGGAGUCCCUUGCUAACACACUGACUGUCGCUAUGGGCAGAAGGUACCCAGAGGCUCACGGACGUCCAAGCAGCUCAUAUCGCAAAUUAUAACCUGUUUCCUGCACCUUUGCUGACACCCAGAGAUCCAUGUCAGAAGUACUUCCAGCUGACUCAGGUGUUGACACCUUGGCAGUGUUUAUGGCCAGCAGUGGAACCACAGACGUUGCAAAUCGGAACAGCCCAGCCACACCACCGAAUACCCUUAAUCUCCGUUCCUCCCACAAUGAACUGUUAAAUGCUGAAAUCAAACACUCAGAUGCCAAGAACAGCACACCCCCCAAAUGCAGGAAAAAAUAUGCACUGACUAACAUCCAGGCGGCUAUGGGUCUGUCAGAUCCAGCCGUGCAGCCUCUGCUGGGAAAUGGCUCUGCCAAUAUCAAGCUGGUGAAAAAUGGGGAGAACCAACUCCGCAAAGCCGCAGAACAGGGGCAGCAGGACCCCAACAAAAACAUCAGCCCCACAGCAGUCAUCAGCAUAACUUCUGAGAAGCUGGAGGUUAAAGAUCUCCACCCACCGGAGUCCUCAGGCUGUGAGAUUUUGCCCUCCCAGCCCAGGAGAACUAAGAGCUUCCUCAAUUACUAUGCAGACCUGGAAACCUCAGCUAGAGAGCUGAGGCAGAAUCUGGACCCCUGCCAAGGGGUUGGGGAGGAGAAAGGCCAGCCAGGCCCUGGCCAGGCCCCUGUAGUCAUCGGGAAUGGCGACUUGCUGCUGCAGAAACCAAACAGACCCCAGUCCAGCCCAGAGGAUGGCCAGGUAGCCACCGUGUCAUCCAGCCCAGAGACCAAGAAGGACCACCCUAAAACAGGGGCCAAAACUGACUGUGCGCUCCACCGGAUCCAGAACCUGGCACCAAGUGACGAGGAAUCCAGCUGGACAACACUGUCCCAAGACAGUGCCUCCCCUAGCUCCCCAGAUGAAACAGCAGAUAUCUGGAGUGACCACUCAUUUCAGACGGAUCCGGACUUGCCGCCUGGCUGGAAAAGAAUCAAUGACAUUGCUGGGACCUAUUACUGGCACAUCCCAACAGGAACGACUCAGUGGGAACGGCCUGUCUCCAUCCCAGUGGAUCUCCAGGGCUCUAGGAAAGGGUCACUUAGCUCUGUAACGUCAUCUCCUACCCCAGAGAAUGAGAAACAGCCAUGGAGUGAUUUUGCUGUUCUGAAUGGGGGAAAGAUUAAUAGUGACAUUUGGAAGGAUUUGCACGCAGCCACAGUUAACCCAGACCCCAGUUUAAAAGAGUUUGAAGGAGCAACGCUACGCUAUGCAUCCUUGAAACUCAGAAACGCCCCUCAUGCUGAUGAUGAUGAUUCUUGUAGUGUCAACAGUGACCCCGAAGCCAAGUGUUUUGCUGUGCGUUCUCUGGGCUGGGUAGAGAUGGCAGAGGAGGAUCUUGCCCCUGGGAAGAGCAGUGUCGCUGUCAACAACUGCAUCCGGCAGCUUUCCUACUGCAAAAAUGACAUCCGAGACACAGUUGGCAUUUGGGGAGAGGGCAAAGACAUGUAUCUGAUUUUGGAAAAUGACAUGCUCAGCCUGGUGGACCCCAUGGACCACUCCGUGCUACAUUCCCAGCCCAUCGUGAGCAUCCGAGUGUGGGGUGUGGGCCGAGACAAUGGCCGAGAGAGGGAUUUUGCUUAUGUAGCAAGAGACAAGGACACGAGGAUUCUGAAAUGUCAUGUGUUUCGAUGUGACACACCAGCAAAAGCCAUCGCCACGAGUCUCCACGAAAUCUGUUCCAAGAUUAUGGCUGAACGGAAGAAUGCCAAAGCCCUGGCCUGCAGCUCAUUACAGGAGAGGACCAACGUGAGCCUCGACGUCCCUUUGCAAGUAGAUUUUCCAACACCAAAGACGGAGCUGGUACAGAAGUUCCUCGUGCAGUACCUGGGCAUGUUACCUGUAGACAGACCUGUCGGCAUGGACACCCUGAACAGUGCCAUAGAAAACCUUAUGACCUCAUCUAGUCAGGAGGAUUGGCCUUCUGUGAACAUGAACGUGGCAGAUGCCACUGUGACAGUCAUCAGUGAAAAGAGCGAAGAGGAAGUCUUGGUGGAGUGUCGAGUGCGGUUUCUGUCCUUCAUGGGUGUCGGGAAGGACGUCCACACAUUUGCCUUCAUCAUGGACACUGGGAACCAGCGCUUUGAGUGCCACGUGUUCUGGUGUGAGCCUAAUGCCGCCAAUGUGUCAGAAGCUGUCCAGGCCGCCUGCAUGUUGCGGUAUCAGAAGUGCUUGGUAGCCAGGCCACCUUCACAGAAAGUUCGACCUCCACCCCCGCCAGCGGACUCCAUGACUAGAAGAGUCACAACUAAUGUAAAACGAGGGGUCUUAUCUCUCAUUGACACUUUGAAACAGAAACGCCCUGUCACAGAAACGCCCUAGCAUUGAGUCUGGGGGCUCAAGGAUUCUGCCACUUACUCCUGAAGAUCAAACAUCUACACUAAAGAAGCCGACAGCUGGCCUUCCUCCAUUCUGUUGCUGAUGCUCUGUCUCCAGAGAAUUUAUCCCUAACCGAACAUGUUAGACAAGCAUGUGAUCUCGACUUGCCACCAUCGUGUGACAUGAAAAGAAGCAUGAGGUUUUUUGUUUUGUUUUGUUUUGUUUCUGUAAGUUACAUCAUGGGCAGUGGAAGGUCUUUUUUUUUUUUUACUGUAAAUAUUGUGAACAGAACUUCACACGUACUCAGAAGAAUGUGGCCACAGCCUUCCUAGAGAACUAACACUACGUCCCUGGAGUGAACCAUGCCCGAGCUCGUUUUGCUGUCCUCUUGAUUGGCUCUGCCGUACACAACCUCGGGGUCCCGCGGCACGUUGCCCUGUUUUCAGCUUUUAAAGCAUCCAGACCCUGAGGAACAGAUGCCACUGACUUGCUGUAAAAAGAAAGUGACGCGUUUGGGUUUUAGUUUUUCAUAAAAGUGAACCCGUCGGUUGACAAAAUUAGCUGUUGGCAUCAGUACAGACAUCAACCAGUCACUUUCCUCAGCGAGUUCUCUGAUGUAUAGACACCCUUUCAUGUCUACAGCUGUUUGGGGUGCUGGGCAAAGGAAAACUUUAAAAUUGAUAGAAAACAAAAUUUGAGGAAUUCAAAUCAAGAAAAAAAAAGCCUUUCUUUUCAGCUGGUUUUCAAACCGGUUAUUUUAAAAAAGAGAUUAACAGAAUCAUAAUGCAUUUGGGAUGGGACAUAUUUCAAACUUCUGCCUUACGUUGUACAAUGCAGCUAGAGCAUUAAAGAGUACUAUGGCCAUUCUUCACCCACACCUGAAAAUGAAAUAUUCCCACACUUUCCAUCCUUAGUUUGAUAACGAGCUAAUAUGCAAUUUAGAGUUGAGGAAAUGUCAUUUAUCUCUGUCACACACUAUGAUUUUAGAUCUCCACUGUAUGAUUCUUGUAAGUUCACAUCCUGGAGGUAAAUGUAUUCCCAGGAUUCCCUAUCUGCCACAACCUUUCUCUAUGCUUUUUGUCCAGAAAGCUGUCUAGCCAUCAUAUAUUGUCCAUGGCAACAAAUUUAAGUUGUAUUUUUCCUGAAUUUAUGUAUUUAAUGUUAGAAAUUGGUAAGAUUUGACUAGCUAUGUUUUAAGAUUUCUAUUUUUUUCCAUUUUGCUUUCAAGAUUUUUUUUCUUAUCAGAGCAAAAUCUACACAGAAAUAAUGGGUUGUUUGAUAGUGUCCCCCAAAUAUCAUUUUAUGUAGCCAAGAAACCUAACUAUAAAGAUACACAAAUUUAGACUCUUACUACAUUAUUAUUUUAGGAAGUUGCAAAGGAGAUCAAUCUUACUCUUAUUUACUUUUAAUGUCAAAAUUGAUAUCUUAUAGAAGCAAUGCUUUAUGUUUAUACACUGUUUUGCAGUUGUCAGAAUGCUUCCCAGGUUUUAUCACAUUUGAGCCUUACAAGGUAGAAAAGGUACUAAACUCACUGAAGAAAUCACAAUACACAGUACCUAGAGGCUAAAUGAGUGGCCUAGGAUUGCGACAAAGUCCUUGAGAGCCAGAAGCAGGGCCCGCAUCCAGAUUUUGCCACAUUACAUGCCUCCUCCACACAGCCAGGAAGACCCUUCACAAAUGACUCUGGGUCCAUGCAAGGAAGAACAGAUACUGAAAAUACUGUCAGGCAACUGCACAAUUCCCAGGUGUGUUAAGGAAAAUGUCCAGUCUGUGUACAGAGUGGCUGUCAUUGUUAAGACAAUUGUCCUUUCUCAGUCCAGGACUGUGUGUCCUCAAAUGUGUUGUAGAGGACAAAUAAAUGUCUGUCCUCAGCAGCCUGUUCCAAGCUGAGAUUUUCUAGAAAUUACAUUGCUUGUGGCCCUCAGCCACCACGGAGCAUGGUGAGGUGAGUGAGAGCCCUCCACCUGUGGGUCCCUCAGAAAACCCGUGGAGUUAGAUGCAGAGAACCUGGGCUGUUCGCUGGCAUCCACACAUGACAAUAAAAGCAAUGCUACUUGUUAACACUCGGUGCCAACUUGCACACUAGCUGAAGUAACCAGUGCCACCUGAGAAAUUUCUGCAUUAAGAAGACUUUACUGUGCCCAGAGGAAAACUGCUCAGAAUCUAGUUAUCCUGGCCUCUCAUUUUAAGCUCCACGGUGAAAUGUUCUAAGGCACUCAGCUUCAAAACUCAAAGUAAUCCAGUUUCUAUAGGAAGUCUCUACCCGGUCCCUGUUCAUUUCUAAGACCUACAUUUGUUUCUUUUCAGGAUCAAGAAUACUGAGCUAGCUUUAAGUAGCAAACUGAUUUAUAUAUGCAAUUUCAGGGUGCAGUAAGAUGAAUAAUAGCCUUUACGUAUGAAGAACUCUUACUGCAGCUGUUUUGUUUUGAAAAUAGCUUUGUGUACUAAAUGCAGGUUGAUUUUGUAAAAUGAAUUAUGUUAAGCAGUAUGUUCAGACAACUUUCUGCCAUGGCCAAAAAGUAUGUAUGAAAGUAUGUUUGCGUUUGUUUGUGAAGGGAUGCCAAUGUUUUACCUGAGAUCGUAGUGAUUCUUCAGUUAUCUAUGCAUUCUUUAUAUCCGUGAUUCGGUAAACAGGCAGCCGUGUUCACUAUGCCUCGUGUGUCUUAUCAUUUUCUUAAUUAACUUGUUAAAUACAGCUUAAAAUAUUUUUAUUUUAUUUAUUCUAUUUUUACUGAAAUAUACUGCAUUGUUGUGUUAAUGUAUUCUCUUUCCUGGGUAAUAAUGUCAGUGUACCCGGGUCUGAGUUAUCUCAGUGAACUACAUUGCCUAAAAGGUGGUUUUGUAAUGAUUUGUAGUCACAUUUCUAUUGGGAUAUGUAGAAGCAAGGGCAAAAUGCUUAAAGUUCCUUUUAUUUUUUAAAAGCAACUAGGUAGAUAUGCUCUGACCACCUUACCUGUGCUCCUCGGCCGCAUCAGCGUGGUAGCCAACAUGCCUAUGGGCUAAGAACUUUUCUCCGUAGACUGAGGCACUGUGCGGUGCUUCAAUUUUAUACCCUUCACGUGUGUACUUCACCAGAGAUGCACAUCUGUCCACGUGCCCUGUGUUUCCUCCUGGAUUCAAGAUCACCCAUAGCUAAUUAGAACCACUGUUUGUCUGUCUGUCUUACUGCAUGAAGGGACAUUAGACCCAUUUCCAUUAAAACAAAUUCUUGGUGAUACAACUGUUGGCACUGCUACUUUUUUUUUUAAAUCCACAUUAGGCAUUUGAAAAAGACACAUAACAGACCACUCACAACAGGGCCACUUACAGCCCCAAAGCUUCCCUUAGCAUAUGGCACACUCACUUUAUGAACAUUGCAACACAAGGUUUCAAAAGCCACUUGGAAAAAUGUCUCCCUGACAUUAGCACAAUUGAAUCAACCCAAAAGCUCUCUAUUGGCCAGGCUUAACCUAACAUCUGAUGUGCUCACUGCCAGUAAGAAAGCAAUUAAACUUGUUUCAGCACACCGGGGGUGUGGCUAAGUGGUAGGGCGCUUGCAUAAUAUGCAGAUCUGAGUUUAAUCCCUGGAACCACGUUGGGGGUGGGGUUGCAUUUCAAGGCAAAGAUCUUGACUUCCACCAUCUGUGAGAGCAUUGCCAGGCCGCCACGUCAGCCACUUCCUCCUGAAAGGACACCUUGUUUUCGUUUUGAUGCCUUUUGCUGUGGACCACGUUUACACAUUUAAAUGUAAAAUGUUGUGAGAAUAAAUGUAGCUGCAUACAA